AUGAAUUUACGGAUUUUCGUGUUAGGACUGUUAUUUCGGUUCUCGCUGGCAAUCUUCGAAGAUCAAGCCGGAAAGUUUGAUUGGUAUGGAAUAAUUAUGGCAGAAUAUUUGUGUGAGAAAAAAAAAUUUGCAGGAGAAAACAGUUUGUUGGAUGUCCCACGAGCGUCCGGUUUGAUAGAGCUGAAAGGUUUUUAUUUUUUUCAAUUUAUAAGAAGAAAAAAACGAUUAUUAGGGGCAGCGAUCGUCUUAUUCUCACGACUCGUGAGGAUCUGAUCGCCUCGUUGUCGUUAAACACCGGAGAAAUCGGUUUGUUUUUGAAACAGCUGUUUUAGAAAUUUCUGUAGAGCUCAAAAGCACAGGAAAUAGUUGAAGUUCAUUGAGAAUAAAAAAACAAUCAGAAGCUUUCAAAUUUUUAAUGAAGGGAAAAAAAAUAAUUAGGUAUUUAUUUCAAAUUAGCUUUAAAAGCAACUACUGUCUAAUUAUUAAGCAUGGCGGAAAUUAAUGGAAAAACGCGACGAAUGGUCGUCAAAUGCCCCCAUUGCAACGGCUGUCGAUGAAGAUAGUUCGUUUUUCGUCUCUCAGUUUUUUUUGAAUUUAAAAACGCAACUGAUAACAAGUUUCAGAUAUUUAUUCGGUUGUGGACAGCGGCCGGAUUUUGCGCGUUUGGAGAAAAGCGGAUAGCGCCCUGGUCUGGCAGAAGGUUUUGAGCGACGAGCCCAGCAAAACGUUUGAUUUGUUCAUAGUGAAGAACAAGAAACGUUGUUUCAGAGCCGAGAUCGCGUUGUUCGAUAAUACUGUUUUCGCGGCGGUUGACUCGAAAAUCGGAGCAUUCAGCCUGGCUGGAGAUGAGAAAUACGCGAUUCGACUCAGUGGCGCCGUGUGAGAGAUUGGCCUGCUUCCGAUUAUAUCUCCCAAUUUUGUGGACUAUAUCGCAGCGAAAGUAACGCUAUACUGCGGGGAGCCGCGAGCGAUAUCGCUCGCCUCUCGCUGCGACCUCGCAAACGUCUUGCGCUAUAUCGCUCUCUGAAAAAUUUUUCUUCAAACAUGUUUUUUUCUUGAAUUUGAUUGAUUUCAUCAUAAAAGUCAAAAAUGAAGCAAAAAAAAUGUUUUUCAAAUUUCAAAUUUUUAAGAGGGAGCGAUAUGGCAGCGAGACUUUGACGAGGUCGCAGCGACAUGUUGACGAGAUCGCAGCGAAGCCUUGGCUAUAUCGCGUGCGGCCCGCUGCGAUAUCGGCAAUUAUGUUGGGUGUAGUCUCUUCUGAUUUUUGUCAAGUCGUCGCUCAAGCUCCGCCCCCUAAUGGCGCGGUUAACCAAUCAGAGAGCAAGCCAACUUCAGAGCUUUUUUCCAAUGACGUCAUUUUACUUGACAUUCAUAAUAUGAACAGACUAUCAGCAAAAAGAAAAAGAAUAUGGGUGCUCUGUGUUGUGAAAAGGUUUUUUUCAAAAAAAAAAAGGUUUCUGGAAAGCGAAGAAUAAAUGAGAUCCUGGUUAUACUACGCGAUUGAUGAUUUGAAAAAAAGGGCAAAAAAUCUCUCAAGAGAAGAUCUUUUGAGUGAAAAGUAUAUUUGUGUUGUUCAGGAAAUGGACACGUUUCCUGAAGUCGGGCGGUCGCCUGUUCCACGUGAAGCUGAUCGACACGCAGUUGACAGCUCGGGAAUUGAGUGCCAAAGACAGUGAUCCGGCUCCCGGCGUCAAGAGCGUCACCUUCACCCGAUUCAAUGUCGAGAAGUAUGUAAAAUAUGUUGAUUACAAACGAAAUUUUGUCAUGAUUACGAUUUGUGAAGACCGGAAAAUGAAUUCAAAUAGAUCGGAACUCAAUGAAAAAAUCGUAUACGAUUUCAGGAACGAAAAAAGUAGAAUUAUGCUGGAAUAUAUUUCAAGGAUGUUUUUGUGGCUGCUUAUAUUUCUGAGCUUUUCCAUUUCGGAUCCUAGCUGAUUUUGGGAAAUUUAAGAUGCACGAUCGCCGGUAGCCUCGUUUUGUGUGCGCACAGCGACACUCUCGUCAGCAUCGAUGUCUCAAAGGCUUUGCUCGUCGAGGAGGAGAAGAACACGGCUGUGACCAUCAGGUAUCCCCCUUUUUCCAUUUCAAAUCUCAAGGAAACACGAAUUUGAAGAGAAAUCACGGGCUCGGCCACCGGCUUUGCAGCGAUCCGUUCUCCGUCUUCCCUGAAAGUCUUCAAAGGCCUCACCGAGUCCUUCACUAUCAAUGGAGAGUUCACCGCGGCGAAUUUCGUUGAUGAAAAAUAUUUGGUGGCUGUCUCGUCUUCUGACAUCGUUGCUUAUGAGCUGGCCAACGGCAAGGAGAUUUUCCAGGUGCGUAAAGAAAAAAGAAGUUUUCAAAGGGGUGCACUCCGGUAGUCAUGUGAGGAUUUCACUGAAAAGGCGUUUUUUAUUCGGAAUAUAUGGGUUUCCAGUUUCGUGGGCAAGGUUUUCGGUGAAGGAUAUAGAGAAUUUUCAGACUUUUUAAAAAUUGGAACUUAAAAUUGAGUGUUUUGUCAUACUUACAACCAUUCUUAGUUAAAUUAAAUGGCAGAUCUCGUUUUGCAUAAAAUUAAAUCAUCUUUCUGUGAAUAAUUUGUCAAGCUGUACCCAUGUGCGUCAUUCUCAGGUGAAACAUGCGCGAGAAGCGACGAAAUCGCUGAUCAAGGCUCUGUGGGCGGCAAAAACGUCCAACGACUGGGAGGUCGUCCUCGUCGGCCACGACUGUCUCGUUGAAUACGUCGUCGUCGAGCCGUCGAAGAACCUGGCCAGCGUCGAGUGGACCAGUGAAGGUUCGUAGACGCUCGAAAAGAAAGCUGAAGCUGUGUACUCCAGAAGCCCUUGCCCGCAUCGCAACUGUUGAAAUGGUCGACCUGCCACUUUCUGAAAGCCAGCAAAUGAUUGAAGACGAGUUCGAAGGAGGAAAAGGUCUGGAAAGUCUCCCACAAAUUUCAAUUAUCUUUAAUUUUGUUCAGGAGACUUGUUCUCUGCGUUCUUCCACCGAAUCGUGACGCAAAUCGGCCAGCUUCGCAAAUGGGCGCUGCGAAGCGUGCGGCACAUCUUCACGCUCGGAAGCAGGCUCUCUAGCCGCGCCAACGGCUUCUCCGACAUCAUCAACGCCGUCCGAUCCGCCUCUUCCUCGUUUUUUCCACAACGGAUUUAGUUACAACUUGGCAGAGUUCAGAGACGGCGACAACACAUUUGAACGCGACUAUUUCAACCUCCGUAAAGUGAUCGUCGUGUCAACGUUUGACGGCGUCGUUUUCGGUAUCGACAGUGCGACUGGCGCGAUCCUCUGGCGAUUCUACCUCGGCCAAUCAUUUUCGCCACUCAAAUCUCAGUUGGGAGACUUUCAGGUGCUUAUCCAAAGCGAUUCUCAUAAAUAUUAUUCCACAAGAGUAAAGCCCAGAGAAAAAAAAGGUUGCAUGAAAAUCUAAAAAUUCGUAAAGAAAAUUGAGAAAACACGGGAGCUGAAAGAAGUUCCGAAAAAGUUGGAAAUUACUUUUUUAAUAACUUCUCUGUACCUUCUCAAAGAAAUUGUUCAGGGCCCUGGAUUGUUUGAUCUUUUUUUUUUUUGCUUGACUCAGAAUUUUCAGGUCCCUUUGAUGGUGCAACGUACCACCGCCCAUUAUCAACUUCAUGGUCAAGCGGCUGUUGUUUUCCGGAAUUCGGUUAAUAAUCAACUCUGCUCAUGUUUCAAUCGAAAACAUAUUCAGGUCAAUUCCAAGGGAGUAAUUGUCAUGUUCAAUCCGAUUGACGGUAAAAUUGUGAGCAGGAAGGAGUUAGAUGGCUCCAUCAAAAGGUUUCUAAAAAUCGAAGAUUUAAAUUUAAAAACAAUUAACUUCACAGAGUUUCACUCUUGCCGUACCUGACCAAUGAUCACAUUCAUCCUCUGCUUGUUGUCACUAAAAGAAAACAAGGUAUUUUUAUAUAUUAAUAUAUCAAUGAUUUUUGUUGUUUUAGCUGGAAUAUGUCCCCGAGUUGGCCGCUGAAGUUUUGUCCAAGGCGGCUCCUCUUUACGUUCUUGACGUCUCUGUUGAAGAAAAUAUCGUCAAGGGAUUGAAGGUUCUGUGAAAAAAAACUGUAUAAAAAUCAUAAGAUCCUAUAGAAUAAGAAUAAAAUCAGAAAAUAGUGAUGGAAUGCCGAACUUUCAAGGCAGCGUCGUAAGGGAUUGAAAAAAUGUUCUCUUCAGGUCAAUCUGUUGAAACGUCACCUGUCCACUACUUGGAGCGGAAGCAUUGGCCUCACGUCAGACGACAAAAUCAUUGCCGUCAAAGGCAAACCGUUCCAACGUAGGCUCAUCAUUUGAAAACAAAAAAACAAGCGAAGAUUCCAGAAAAAGUUCAUUCCCAGGGUCGCGUCGUGAUUGACCGAACCGUUCAGUACAAGUACGUCAACCCCAACUUGGUAAGAUUGCUACUUCAAAAUCAAUCGGCGUGAGCUAAUCGGUGGCUGUUUAUUAGCUAAAAGGUAAUGAAGAUAUCAUAGAGAUGGUACCUGGAUAUAUAUAUCCUGCCUGAUAGUCCGACGCAAGCUACCGGGAAGCUAUGAUCGUCAGCUAAUAAACGAACCCCGAUAAACUUACGCCGAUAGACUUUUGAUUGAAAACUUUGGAAGAAAAAAGACAUUUAUAAAUUUUUUUUUUGCAUUUUUAAAGAACCCGAGAGUUGUAAAGUUUCUCUUAUUUUUUUAAACAUGAUUUUAAAAUCUUAAUAAAAACUGCGAAUUCGAUCGAAAUGUCCUUAAAGUGGUAAACUUCCUUUUUUUCAGGCUGCUGUCGCUGCUUUGGAUGAGAAACAUCAAACCCUCUCGAUUGUACUUCUUGACAUUGUUUCUGGACAGAUUGUCCACUCGGCGAUUGUCCCAAAAGCUGCAGCACCGAUUCAUCUCGUCCAUUCCGAGCAUUGGCUUGCAGUACGUUAUUUUUCAGAUUCUGUUCCGAUACAAGGAUACCUUCCAAAUACUCCUAGAGUAUGAUAUUCGUGAUAUAGCCGAUUCACAGCUGACUUGAGCCAACGAAAAAGGAACUUAAAACUUUCAGUAUGCGUAUUGGUCGGAAAAGGGUCGACGAACAGAAGUCGGCAUCGUCGAGCUGUACGAAGGCGGCGAACAACAGUCGAUGGCGGAGACUUUCGAUUCGAUGGCUCCCACGAAACAAGCGCCAGUCUCCAUCGCUCAGAGCUACAUAUACGCUCAGGGAAUCGUAGCGAUGUCUGUCACUGAAACUGGUCCGCCUGCUCAAAAGUUUCAGAAACUAUUGAUCGCUUCAUUUUGCAGAACAAGGACUCACAACAAGGUCAAUCCUCGUUGGACUGCCUGAUGGAGGAGUUCAUGAGGUGGAAGUUAUACUUUUUGAAAAAAUUCAAUGUUUCGUUCAGAUCUCGCGCAAGAUUUUGGAUGCGACAAGGCCCUUGGAGUUGACUCAGGAGAUGCGUGAAGAGAUGAUGAUUGGAUACGUACCGGAGAUCAUGAUUCCCAACGAGGAGAUGAUCAACUACAACCAGAGCGUUCAUCGUGUUCACGGCAUCAAAACUGCGUGAGUAAUUUAGAAGCUGUCUUCCAAUGCUAAUAUUCUUCGUUCGUUUUCAUGAAUUAAUCAUUUCUUUCGUAGACCAUCCGGCUUGGAGUCGACUAGUUUGGUGCUGGCCUACGGCACAGACGUGUUCUUCACCCGACUAGCGCCGUCAGGAACUUUCGACAUUCUGAAGGACGACUUCGACCACGUGUUCAUAUCCAUCGUCCUUGCCGCCCUGGUCAUCGGCUCGUUCGUCUCGAAGCGACUGGCUAGAAGUCACGCCCUUAACGCUCAGUGGGCUUAA